UUCUUCAUUAUUAUACCUACUACAACCGAACACGGCCAUUUGGUAGUUUGAGCUGUGGAAAUAUUGAUAUAUCGGAUUUAUCUUUAUCAUUUGAAUUAAAUAUACUAGAUAAAUUUAAUUUGAAAAGGUGUCUGUGUAUCUUCUGGAUUAAUCUCUGAACCAUUGUUGUGUCAGCCUUGGGGUUCCACAAUGGAGUACCUAGGACACACACAGACGGCCACUUACAUGACCGGGCCCCGACUCAAUAGCAGUAACACACAGACUUUCCUUCCCUCCAUUUCAACCAUGCAGUCAUCAUACAAAGCUUUCGACAAUGCGGCUGCCCCCUCCCCCCUUCGUCGCUCUCUCACCACACUGCCAUGGAGACCGAGCACCUACUACCAGACUGCCAGAGUGAACCCCUCCACAGCGCUCACCCGCAGUAUGCCAGACCCAAUGUCGGCCAGAAACCAGCUCUCUGAGUUAGACAGUAUUAAAGUGCCUCCAGUUUUCGCUGCCGCUAGAAAUGCUCUUUACACACGUUAUACACCAAAUGACUGGAUGAAUUCUAACCAAGGAAAUUACUUGUCAUCAGAUAGAGUUAGGUCAACUGCUGAACGCCUUAGGUUGGACACUGUUAGAUUGUGCCGUGAAACAGACGACAAGACAAGAAGAACACAGAGCGAUGUUGGAAAGCGUCUAGGUGAAAGAAUAGGAGAUAUCACAUUCUGGAAAACAGAAUUAAGUAAUGAAACAGACAAUAUGAUGGCAGAAAUCAAUGCAUUGCAGGAGGCCAAGAGGGUGUUAGAGAAGGCGUUACAGGAGACAGAGAACCCUCUUCACAUCUCACAGGAGUGCUUGUACCACAGGGAGAAGAGGCAGGGGAUCGACCUGGUCCAUGAUAACCCAGAGAGGGAACUCAUCAAGGAGGUUGACAUAAUUAAAAGGUGUCAGGAACGAAUGCGAAACACCAUUGACAGGGCUAACACUCAGCUUGGUUUGAACCGAGCUGCCCAGCAUGAACUGGAGAAGGACUCUGGAGACAAGUUUGUGGCUGGAAGCCUCGACACCACCUGCCACGGUCUGCGUAACUCCUCCCGCGGCAUUGCUUACCAUAACGGUGUAGAAAGAAUUGAUAACACUGUGUCUGUGCCGGAGUCGUGGGCCCAGUUCACCAACAACAACAUCCAGAGGUCCCAGAGCGAGCGUGCAGCCUCGAAGAACAUGCGUAACGAGAUUGAGAGUGUGCUGAACUCGUGCGCCAACGAGAUGUGGCAGGAAUGGAACUCUGUCAAUGUGGCCCUCACCCAGCGCAUGCAGGAGUCCACAGACGCCAGGAACAAGCUCCAGACUCACCUCUCUAAGGUCCUACAGGAGGUGUUCGACAUGGAGAAGAACAUUGAGUUCCUUAAGAAGGCGAUCCAAGACAAAAUGGCUCCCAUGCAGGUGGCACAGACCCGCCUCGACACUCGCAUACGCCGACCCAAUGUCGAGCUCUGCCGCGACCCUGUACAACACAGGUUGGUUGAGGAGGUGUCCGAGAUCACGGAGACGGUCGAGUCCCUGCAAGCGAAGCUUCGCCAGGCAGAGAACUCCCUCCAGCACCUGCUGCGCACAAAGGCUGCCCUUGAGCAAGACCUCUCCAUCAAGAAUAACUCACUCUUCAUCGACCGUGAGAAGUGCCUGGGCAUGCGCAAGACCUUCCCCAUGUCGCCAAGGGUUGUCUCCCUUUAGAGUGAUCGUUGAUGUUACUGGACUGAUAACAUUUGUUAUAAUGGUUUUUGAGUACUACUGUGAAAGAAAUUUAAGGGGUUUUGUAUGUGUUUAUAUUUAUUACAUGAACUGAUUGUACUAUUGUAUCACCAAAUGUUUUAUUCUAUUUUAUUUCUGCUGAAUAAUAAUUUUUGGAACAUUUUAUCGUUUUUUAAUAUUCUACCGUGUAUUGAUUACUUUUUUUAUAUAAAGUUGGACUGGGUAUUAUAAAAUUAAAUAUUUUGGUAGCUAAUGGUAAUGGUGCAAACAUUUGAUCCAAUUUGUUUGGCCGUAGUAGCAUUUACCUGACAAGAGAAGGUCCACAAACUUGUUAAGUUUUACACUUUUGAGUGAUAAUAACAAAAUUUACAAUGUUUUGUUUAACGACUAUUGUCUGUUAUUCUGUUAUAAUUAUAUACUUUAUGUUGAUGUUUGGUCUUGUGCAAAUGUGAUAGCAUAAUGUUACUUUUAUGUUUGUUUGUUUGUUAAUAUUAAGUCAUUUUGGAAAAAUGUAAUCAGUAUUAUUGGCCUGUGAUUACAGUAUUUCCCUGAAUAUCUUGUUUGUUGUACCACAGUAUUAUGGAUAUCAAAAAUGAACCUGUUAUAGUUAUUUUACACCUUAAUAAUAAGUAUUACUAAUUAUUACCUAUAAGUAGAUGUCGUAACAGAUUUGUUGAUAUGCAAGAGGAAGUGCUAAAAUAUUAACCAAACAUGCAUAGCGGGGCCAGGGAAUGGACAUUGUUUAGAAAAAAUCAGGACGAAAUAAGUAUUGAUAGCUUUGCUGGUUAGUGGCCUUACCAAACAGCAACAACAGCAGCAGCAACAACAACAACUGUUAAACUGGGACAUAAUAACUCCUGAGAGAUCUCCUCUUGAUCCCUAGCUCUGCCGGCCUCGGUCCCUCUAUUGCCAGAGGAGACAUUUAAUACAUGUAUGAUGAACUGUCACCCCCUCACCUAGCAGUAUUAUCCUUGUUGUGCACCCUUUUCAUCCUGUUGCUUUGUGUUCACAUUCUCAUUGUACAUUUGGCAUUUGAUGCUAAUAGUUUUUACCAUUUAUAUUUGUUGGUUUGUCAGUAUAUCCCCUUUUCAUAUAUUUUUAUUCUGUGAUAGCUUUUUUAUUCCGUCCAGUUUAUAAUGGGUGGUUGUAUGAAUAAAAUCAAAUGAUUUAAAUGUACCUUUUAGCAUAAAUUAUAAAAAAAGCAAUUGUGUCCUUUACAAUGAAAUCUUUUUUAAAAUCUUUUACAUAAGUAGUUGGAUGAUUUUAUUUUUUAUAUUUAAUCAUGGUGUGUCAAUAUAUUUUAUAAAAUCAUGUAUGUAUGAGGCAUUACAACAAAACUGGGAACUUGCACAAAUUAAAAGCAGCAAAGCUUUUAAGGUUUGACAAAUUGAUAAUUAUUUGAUGAAGAAACAUACAUAAUGUUCCCUUUUUUACAAUGCCAUGUACUACACAUUUAUGACUUUUUCUGUGUGUGCUGUCCCUAUCAUGUUAGAUGUGUUUGUUAAAUGUUCUGAAACCCUUCUGCUCAUAUUACAAAAUGGAUGCCUUUUAUGUGAACCAUUUAUAUCUGUAUGGUUGAUAUGUGAAAUAAAGUUGAUGCAGUGAUAAA